AUGCACGUUUUUGUCACUGUCAACGAGCUCAUCUCUGCCAGUCAUACAAUUACAGCCCUUACCCGAUCAGACGAAACCGCUGCUAUGCUGAGAAAAAACGGCUGCAGUGUUCUCCGCGGCUCGAUCAAAGACCCGGUGAUCCUCGAACGGGGAGCUAAGAAAGCCACCAGCUGCAGGGAUGAGAAAGUUGCAAUUGCAGCGCUGGGCGCCCUCAUCGGAACGAACAAGCCAUUGAUCACCACCUGUGGCACCCUGGCGCUUGCCAAGGAUGAACUCAGCACCGAAGACGAUGUUAUUGAUUUUAAUUCGCCACUAACCCUCCGCGCCCAGAGCGAACAGGUUGUUGACUCUCUUGCCAAACAGGGCGUUCGUGCAUGCGUCAUUCGCCUGCCUCCCACUCUCCAUGGCGAAGAGGACACGCGCAGCUUCAUUGACAUGAUGACUGUGCUGGCUUCUACGCAGGGCCAAGCUACCUACAUCGGCGAGGGACUCAAUCAGUGGCCUACUGUCCAUCGCCAAGACGCUUCUCGUCUGUAUCGACUCGCUCUGGAGAAGGGCGUUGCUGGGAGUAGAUACCAUGGUGUUGCCGAGGAGGGUACCGCCAUGAAGGACAUUGCUGAAGCAAUUGGGCAAAGCCUGCAUCUUGGGACUGUCUCCAGGACUUCCGAAGAAGCGAAAGACCUCGGCGGUAUCCUGCACUUGAUAAAUCAAGAGCAGCUUGGUUGGGUGCCUGCUGGCCCCAAGCUGUUGGAAGAUAUCAAAGCCGGAGUUCAUGUUCGUAAUUAA